AUGUCGAACAAAAUGACAAACAUGUUCCAAGCAAAAUACCAGGGGCAGCUACACCUCAAAACUCACGAAAACGACACCAGCUUGCUCUUGGCGCAGACCGCCUUGGACAGCGUCUGGAUCGAGCCCGACGACAGCAGCUCCAGCACUUGCAUGUUGGCCUCAAACUCCCGCCGGGUAGUGCGACAGCGAACGCGUCACGUCCAUGUCCUCGGCCUCCAGCAUCAGCACCGCCGCGAUCUUGUCCACGAGACCCGCGCACACCGCCUCCUCCGCCUCGGCCUGCGACUGCGCCGCCUUGAGCAGCGCGUUGAACGACACCACGGCGGCGCCGCUGCCACCAUUGGCGGCUGCCUCGGCCGCCGCCAGCUCUUCCAUGGCCAGGCGCAGAUGCUUGAACUUGGCGUCCUCCGUCCAGAACGGCUGCAUGGACGGCGUGAUGCGCAUGCCUGUGAUGGUGUGGCCGUCGCACGUCUCGUCCAGGCGCCCGCUGAUGGCGGCGCCCAGCAGCGCCAGCACCUCGGCCUCGCAGAUGCUGUCGCUGCCCAGGUUGCGCGCCACCUCGGCCAGCUUCUCCGCGUUGUUGGCCAAGUAGCCCGAGUCCGACACCAUGGUCAGGUCGAGCGAGGAUGCGGGCAGCCCCGCGGCGCGGCGGUGCUGGACGAGCGCGUUCAGGAAGCAGUUGGCCGCCGCGUACGCUGCCUGGCCGCGGUUGCCGACGGCGCCUGCCGCCGAGGAGAUGGCGACGAAAAAGUCCAGCGGCGUGUGUUCCAGGGCACGGUGGAAGUUCCAGCCACCGCGCACCUUGCCCUCGACGACUUGGUCGUAGUCUUCAAAGGACAUCUUCUCAAACAGAAUGUCGCGCAGCACCAUGGUGCCAUGGACGAUGCCACGCACGGGCGGAAGACCAGCCAAGCCACUGGCCAGGAGCUCGUCCACCGACUGCCGGUCCACCACAUUGCACUGCCGGACAACCACCUGCGUGCCCGACUGGUCGGCGAGCUCGUCAAUGAGUGUCUUGACCUCGCCCGUCGCCGAACCCGUGCGCGACACGAGGACAAUGUGCUUGGCGCCCUUGCCGGCCAUCCACCGAGCCAUGCUGCGGCCGAGGCCACCCGUGCCGCCAACCAGGACGUACGUGGCAUCUGGGCGCAGGAGGUCGGCCAGCUGGUUUUGUGCUGCUGUGGCCCGCACAAUGUCGUCGGCGUGGGGCACAACAACAAGCUUGCCUGCUGCACGGUUGUUGUUGCUGGGGUGCACAGCCUUGAGCGCGCUCUCGACAUCGGACACCGAGAAGAGGGUGAUGGGAGCAGCGGGUCGGAUUUUGCCGUACGUCAGCAGGCUUCCGACGUCUGCGAAGAGACGCCGCACGAUCUUGGGCCGCUCCGCAGCCAGAGCGAAAAUGUCGACCGAAAUGUAGCUGGCGUUGCUCCCGUCUGUCUGGCCCAUCUCCAGGAGGCGCCGCGACGACGAAGCACCGUGACCGGAUGUAUCACGCGGUACAAUGUCCAGGAACCGGCCAAACUUGUUCAGCGUGGCCCACGAUUCCUUGGCAGCGUUGGAGCUGGUGAGAGCGUUGAGCACAACGUCGACGCCCUGGCCGUUGGUGGCGUGGCGCACGGCGCGCCCAAAGGACGUGUCUCGGCUGUAGAAGAUAUGGUCUUCGGGGAUGUUGUACUCCGCGACCAAAAGAGCCUUCUUCUCGGCGCUGCUGACUGUAGCAAAGACCUCGGCACCAACCAUUUGUGCCAGGCAGAUGGCGGCCUGACCGAUGGCACCCGAUGCUGCAUGCACGAGAAUGGACUCGCCAUCGGCCAAGCGGCCAAGCUCGACGAGGCUGUGGUAUGCCGUGACAAAGGCCAACGGCAGGGAAGCGCCGGUCUCAAACGACACCGAAGCUGGCAGCUUAAACGCAAGAGCCGCCGUCGUUCGGGCCACUGUGGAGAAAGAGCCGCUGCCCAUCGCGUCUGCCUGGCUCUUGGAAGCGACAGCAAUGUCAUGUGCAUUGACACCGAUGGCCUUGACCUCGAUCUCAAUCUCGUCGGCUGCCAGCGCGGCGCCAGCCGUCGUGUCAUCGACAAAGUGCACUGUGUCCAGAGCGCCCGAAUGGCCGAACGACAGCUUGAGCGAGCGGCCCUCGGCGCCAAAGGCUGUCGGCUCGAUGAUGUCGGGGUCGAGGGUCGCAAAUUUCAUCGCCGUCUCGGACCGGAUGGCCCGGCUCAAACCCAGCACCAUGUUGGCAUCUGGGUUGGACGAUCCGCUGUAGGCGCCACGCACCACCCACAGACAGCCUUCGGCGGCAGUGAGCAGUGUCUUGAGAGAGGCGAACUCGGUCUCUGUCAAAGUAGACAGAAGAGGACGCUGGAGCUCGGAAAGGACGACACAAAUCUUGUUUGCGACAUUCACGUUGUGAAGCGAGCCCAGUUCUGGCAUGCGGCCGGUGGCCUGUUCGAGUGCGGUCGCCAGGCCCAUGGCAAUCAGCGUCUCUCACGAGGGCCAUUGGCGCCGCUGUCGAGGCCACUGGAGCCAUCGAUCAUGGGCGCAAUGGUCAAGUUCUCGAGUGUGAUGAGCGGUUCAGUCGAGUCCCGAUCCGCUGUGGCGUGCAGAGUCACUCUGGCCGACUUUUCUGACGCAACAGCCAGAGCCAAAUCCUGCGUAGUGCAGUAG